AUUUCCUCUUCUAAUAUAUAUAUAUAUAUAUAUAUUGUUUUUCUCUAUUGAGUUUUUCAAGAUAAAUGAACCUUUGUAUACGUCUUAUGAAGAAGGCUUGAACGUUAAACAUUACCUGUGCCUAAUUUUUGUUUCCACACCUAGCAUUGUUAGACUUUCAGUUAACGUGCGAGUAAUGACAUUGACUAUUAAUGCCCUUUAACAAAUUCAAUAUAUUUUAGCGAAAGGAAUAGAUAUUUAAAGAAGCAGUUUUCGUAGAAGAUGCAAGGACCAGAAGGUACACAAUUGUUUUCAGCGUUUCCACCACCGCCGCUGUAUUAUAAGCUUUUCACAAAGGAAAACCUAGAGCGGGUAAAACAAAGGUUCAUAAGAAAAGAUGGAAAUGAAGCUGCUGAAGGUGAGGAUGGAACAUUAGAAGAAGACAAAAAACUGGCAGAGGUUUUUAAGGUGCCUGCUUGUCCUACUUCUGGGACUUAUAUGAUGUUUGGAGAUACUUGGAGGCUCGAAAAUGUAAUACCUUCUUUGCAAGACUUUGGAAUCACUCAAUUGUAUAAAGGGUUACAAGACGAAGAAGAUAAAAUAGAAACAGUGGAAUAUGAUCCGAAGAGUGGGAUUGUCUAUGGUUAUGGACAUGCCGGCCUUCAUCAAUUCGAUGAUGGUACCUCUCAAUUCAAGGAUGUCGAUACAAGUCAGCCAAACGAAGGUGAAAAUUCUUUAGAAGGACAGGAAAUGAAUGAGGAUCAAGGAACUGUAAUAAAAACUGCUGAUGGUUCGGAACCUUCUGCUGUUGAAAAUAAGGAUGAGUCUAUAACCAAAUCUAUACCAAGCGCCAGGUCUGACGGUAAUAGCAUAAUUCCUCGAAGAGCCUACGAACUUCAGCUUUUAUCAACUUCACUUAUGCUUAAUUUCUUAGAACUAUUGGGAAUAAUGGGCAAAGCUCCAGAGCAAUUCCCUCAAAAAGUUGAAAAUAUACGAGUUAUCUUACUCAACAUGCAUCAUCUGAUCAAUGAGUAUCGACCUCAUCAAGCACGAGAAUCUUUGCUUAUGCUGUUAGAAAAACAACUGGCACAUGAAGAUUCUCAAACGCGAUCGUUGAAAGAACAUAACGAUCAAAUUGAGCAGGCUUUAAGAAAGCUCCAAUCGUUGGAUCUUGAUGAAGAACGAAAAAAAGAGUUUAUUGAGUCUGUGGUAUCUUCGACCUGUCAUAACAAUCAUGAUUCUACCAACAAAGAUACCUAUGGUGUAAACACUUCCACAGAAGCUGCUGAGGUAAACACUACAAAAAACGCAAAAAUAGAAGCGUCUCUACGUGAUUUAGAAAGCAUUCUUGAGUCUUGAAAUCUCAAAUUUAAAUUUACAGAAAGCCGCUUUCAUUUGUGAGAACAGAUUGCAUUACUUUAGGCUUUUAUAUGUAAAUUCAAAUUAAAUUAUAUUAAGAUGUGAAUUAUAACUAUGUAGUCAAAAAAAGGAGAGA